AUGAGCAAUUUCAGUGCCGCCGGAGAUGGCAUCAGCGGUCACUAUAAUGGAACUUCUCUGGAAAUGAAGAUCACGAUCGCCACUCUUGCUGGUGUAACUUGGUACAAUGCCUUCGAGCUAUUGAUCCUCCUCUUCGUCACCUUUGCGGAAUAUCGAGGACUCUACUUUUGGAGUUUAUUUGUUUCCUCCUCCGCCGGUUUGCUUCCCUACUCGCUAGGCUUCCUACUCAAGUUCUUCAAGGUCACCGACAGCAUUCCAUGGCUCCCUGUCACUUUGCUCACAAUUGGAUGGUGGUGCAUGGUCACCGGCCAGUCCAUUGUCCUGUACUCGCGCCUACACUUGGUCCUAUCAAACCAUCGAGUCCUGCGUCGCGUGUUGAUUAUGAUCAUGAUUAACGCAGUCAUCCUCCAUCUCCCCACCACCGCCCUCACCUACGGUACCAACAUGGUCUACAACAAGGUCUCCCUGGAACCCUGGAAAAAAGGCUACAACAUAAUGGAAAAGAUCCAAAUGACAGGCUUCUGUCUGCAGGAAUUCAUCAUAUCGGGGCUAUACAUCUGGGAAACAGUACGCAUGCUACGUUUAGACCCGGACCGUACCAAGCGUAAGAUUCAGUACCAGCUGCUGGUCAUCAACUUUAUCAUUAUCAUCCUGGACUUGGGUCUUCUCGUCGCCGAGUACAUGAACUUCUACAUUAUGGAGACCAUGCUCAAGGGCGUCGUAUACAGCAUCAAGCUGAAGCUCGAAUUCGCCGUCCUUGGUAAACUCAUUCACUUGGUACACAAUCACGUCUGGAAACCCGAGUCUUUCUCGGCGCCACGCGACCUCCCCGAUUUUGUCGACGCAACCCGGGUGACCUCUGAUGUGACCCAUGCCGCCCCUAGUCUCAUCCAACGUAGACCUUCCCGGAUGGAUGCCGAGGAUGUUUCCAUCGCCAUAUUUGAGCAUUUACCGCCCGACCGCAUACGAACCAACUCCGAUCUCUCCAACUCGUGGAGCAAUGAGGCUCGCGCCUAUCAUGUGGAUCACCUCCCAAUCGACUUUACCAAUCCAUUCUGCCAUUAUCCACGUCAACAAACUCGUCGAAAUAUGCCCGAAAAACCGGGAUGA